AAGCAUGCUUUUACGCAAAAUCAUGCCAACGUAGACACAGCCCCUGGGAGAAACAAAAAAGGGCAAUUCCUUGGACAGCCUCAAAGAACUCAGCUUAUUUUCUGCAAGGAAACCACUUAAAUGAGGCUUUGAGGGCUACAAACGCGCCCAUAACCCUAGAAAGACUCCAGCAGCACGUGGCUCCCGCUUCUCCCUGCAUUCACGGAAGGCAGCUCUCUACAGGAAGCAAACAGUCAGCACUUCUGCCGCCAAUCACAAAUGCAUUCCCUCCGCUUGGGCCUUGCCUCUCGUCACUUCCGGUCGAUGGCUCUGCCAAGUACCCAUCCACCCUUGCGCCGCGUCGCUUGGCUUUUCCCCGGCGUGGGUUUCCGGGCAAUCAGAAGCGAAUGUGCUGUCACCAAUGUGAAACUGCCUUGGCGCGUGGCCCGGAGCCGGAACUCAGCCGCGGCCGAUGAAUGGUGGUUGCCGGGCUGGCUGGUUCAUGUGGAGCUUUCUGUGUAGGGAGCUACGAGCCGCUGCCGGGCCGAGGAGGCUCCGCUGCCGAUCGGCCGUUUUCGCCAGCAGCGGCGGCGCGGUUCCCUUCGGCUCUGCCUGCGGAGAACCGCCUGGGACCAUGGAGCGGGCCGUGGUGCGCUGCGUCCCGUCGGAGCCGAAGCUGAGCCUGUGGUUCGUGCUGAGUGACGGGAGCGCCAAGCACAUGCAGCGGGACCAGACGGAGCCGCUGGGCCGGGCGCUGGCCCGCAUCGCCACCAAUGCCGGCAAGGGCCACGCCAAGGCGGCCAAGAAGAGCAAGAAAGCGCGGGCGGAGGCGGGCCCGGCCGGGGAGCCGGUGUCGGCAGCGCCGCUUGCCGUGCGCCUCUUCGCGCGCGACGGGGAGGCCGUGGCGGAGGACGUGCCCAAUGCCGAGGCCUGGCAGGACGGCGCCGUGCUGCAGAUCGGCGAAGUCAAGUACCAGGUGGAGCGGAACCCGCCCUCCAUCGCCGAGCUCCAGCUGCCCCGUUCGCUACUCGCCGGCUUCCCGGUCUGCCCCAAGAUCCGCACCGAGUUCGGCGCGCCCCAGCACUGCCUCUUUCGCUGGUACCGGGAGCAGCCAGGAGGCGGCGGGGACGAGCCCUCCCCGGGGGGCGCUGCCUGGCUGGAAGCCCCAGUCAGCGAGCGCGUCUUCACGCCGACCAACGCGCAUAUAGGACUGCGCCUCAAGCUCCACUGCACGCCGGGCAACAGCCAGCAGCGCUACGGGCUCCCACGGGAGGUGGAGAGCAGCGGACCCGUGGAGGCCGGGCCCGGCGCUUGUACCUUCGACUCCCGGCAUCUGUACACCAAGAAGGUGUCCGGGGAAGGCUUAAUCCGCACCGUUUCCUACAACGUUCUGGCCGACAUCUAUGCUCAGACUGAGCACUCGCGGACCGUGCUCUACCCUUACUGCGCGCCCUACGCGCUGGAGCUCGACUACCGGCAGAACCUGCUCAAGAAGGAGCUGGCUGGCUACAGCGCUGACCUCAUCUGUUUGCAGGAGGUGGACAAGUCCGUCUUCACCGAUAGUUUGGCCCCGGCGCUGGACGCCUUCGGCCUCGAGGGGCUCUUCAGAAUCAAGGAGAAGCAGCAUGAGGGCUUGGCCACGUUCUACCGCAGGGAUAAGUUCAGCCUGCUUAGCGAGCAUGAUAUUGCUUUCAGUGAGGCUCUGCUCUCCGACCCGCUGCAUAAGGAUCUGCACGACAAGUUAGCUCCCUACCCCUUAGCCCAGGAAAAAGUGCUUCAGAGAUCCUCCGUGCUGCAGGUUUCAGUUCUUCAGUCUACAAUUGAUCCUUCAAGGAAGAUUUGUGUAGCCAAUACUCACCUGUACUGGCAUCCAAAAGGUGGAAACAUCCGUCUCAUCCAAGUUGCUGUAGCUUUAUCUCACAUUAGGUAUGUUACAUGUGAUCUGUAUCCUGGCAUACCUGUUAUAUUCUGUGGGGAUUUUAAUAGUACACCUUCAACUGGAAUGUAUAGUUUUAUCAAUAGUGGCAAUAUUUCUGAGGAUCAUGAAGACUGGAUCUCCAAUGGAGAAGAAGAAAGAUGCAAUAUGUCUCUAACUCAUCCUUUCAAACUGCAAAGUGCUUGCGGAGAACCUGCUUAUACAAAUUAUGUUGGUGGGUUUCAUGGAUGCCUGGACUACAUUUUCAUUGACAUAAAUGCUUUAGAGGUUGAACAGGUAAUUCCAUUGCCAAGUCAUGAAGAAGUUACCACGCAUCAGGCCUUACCAAGCGUCUCUCAUCCCUCUGAUCAUAUAGCAUUAAUAUGUGAUCUGAAGUGGAAAUAGACUAUUAUUUGCAUGGCAUUUGUUCUGGGCCUUUAAACAAGGAAUUUGUUCACUUUAGGAGAACUUGUAUCCCAACUUUUAUGUAACUUUAUAAUAAAGAAGGAAGCUAGACUGAUUACUGGAAAAUUCACAUGCCUGUCACUUCGAUUAUAAAUUUCUUAUUGAGCAUUUUGUCUGACCUUAACAUUUGCAUGAGGUAGUUCUCCUUUCUCUUUUUUUAUCUACACUAACAGGAAAUCCAAAUAUAUGUAAAACAGAUGAAAGUGUCUUAAAAAGAAAGCUAGAUUAUCAUACCCUUUUUAUAAGUGUUUUUAAUUGAUUAAGAGAUUAUUUUGUUACAGAUGUACGAAUCUAAUCUGAUUUCUAUAAAAGGACACGUACUCUGAACCCUGUUUGUAUAAUUCAGAAUAGGACAUAAAGGAGAGUACGCAAAUUUCUUAUGUUGAAUGAAAUAAAUUAAAACUAUUUUCAGUGCAGGACGAGUGUCCCCUAAAUAUUCAGAAAUAUAAAUUCUUUUUCAUUUAGCAUUCCUGAUACUUCUCUGGGCUUUAGCAAGCUCCAUAUUUAGUGUGCUUCUACUUUUUUGAUAAGAUACUUUCUAAAUAGAUUUGAUUAUACUUGUACAAUAAGCCUAAAACAAUAUUCAAUUUAGGAUUAAAAUGGUUUAGGAAACAUUUUACUUGCCCAUUUAAAGGUGCUUCUUGACCUUCAAAAUGAAAAAAUCAGAUUUUAAAGACCAGUUGUCCAUUGCUAUAAAUCAGUAUCAAGUUUACUAAAAAUUAAAAUAUGUAAGAACUAGAUUUACUUUUGAGUAUUGAUUCCUGCCUCAAUCUGUAUUCUGUAUCUAGCAUUGCAAAACAUACAACAAGUUUUAGAUCAGUUUGGGUUGGAGGGAGUUUUUUAAAUUUAAUUUGCCAACUUUAGACUUGCAGGGAAGCCGCAGUGGCCUCUGAAGAACAAUCUCUUCCUGGGCUCGGGUGUAUGUAUGAGAAAAUAACAUUCCGCAUAAGUAAUAUGUGUCUAAUUCUUUGGGAGGAAAUACUUAAAAGUGACUUGCAAAGAUUUUUAAAAGUUAGAUUUGCUCAUUUUUUUUUCUGUAUGAUGUAUAAAGAAAGCCUGAAAGCUUUCUUACAAAAAUCAUUUUUUGCUCACACUUCUCAGUUUAGAUAUAUCAAAUCUAGUCUUUCCUGGUUUUGUGGGAGAAUAUUUGGGAUGUACAUUAUAUCUUAUAAGAAAUAAUGGUUAAUUAUUCAAACACCUACUAUCCAAGCCUUCCUUUUUCUGAAAUGUUGGUUAUGGAAACUGAAAUGGUUGUGUAAACAAAAGAUUUAAUACAGUUUCACAAAUGAGCCUUGUUUCCAUUGGUAAAUUUCUCUCAAUUCCUGAUAAUAAUGUCUUUGAGUAUUUUUUCCUGGUUAUCAGCUUCAAGGCCAGGCCUACACUAAAGGGGAAAUUUGACUUAAGAGCUGCAACUCCAGUAACCUACGUUAAUUACGUAGCUGGAGUUGAUGUAUCUUAAAUCAUGUUUUCACACCGUCCACACAACAGGAAGUCGAUGAUCCUAUUGGCUUCCCUUACUCCUUAUGAGGAGCAGGACUGCUACUGAUGACAGGAGAGUCCUCUCAGUUCAAAUUAGCAGGUCUUUACUAAACCUGCUAAAUGGAACCCUGGAAGAUGGACUGUGGCAGCGUUGUUCUUUCAUGUAGUGUAGCCAUGACCCGAAUGUGGAAUGCUGAAAAAUCCAGUAGAAUUCUCCCCCCAUCCACUACAAAAAGGCACAUAUCAAACAAUAGGAAGUAGGGAUGUGAGUGAGUAGUCGAGCAGAGUACUCGACUACUCACUCGCCCACAACUUGCUGCCUCUAUAUGAGAGACAGCAAGGAUGGGGGGAACAGAAACCAGUUCACCCAUAAGCACUGUCUCCACGGUGCUGCCUGCCCUCCCUCUCUGCUGCCUCUAUCAGCUCAACAGGAAGCUGGGCCCCACCGAGAGUAGGGACUGCUGCUAAGAGCUGGUGCCUCUUACUAUAUUUAAAAUGUAGAGGUGCAGUGGCCCCAGAGCAGUGCGAGCUGGGAUGACUUGGUCCCUGCUCAAGCUGGCUCGGGGAGCUACCCCUGCUGCAGAGCAGUUCCCUUAUUGACUAAUUGUGUAGUCAAUACAAAUUGUAGUGACUACACGAUUAGCCAAAUAACUGCUCUUUAACAUCCUUACUAGGAACAUGCAUUACAACAUUGUGGCUUCCUUACAGUGCAAAAGUUAAAUUAAAUACUGUAAAACGAAGAAAAUUGUUAAACUAAAAACUAUGGAGAUGCCUAGACUUAGAACAUCCACAAAAACAUCCCUCGGCUAUUGUUUGACCUAAGUCACAACCAUACAGUGCAAGCUAAUCUUACGCUCAAACGAGGUCCAUACCUGUACUUCAUAGUAAUAAAUACAAUAGUAGCAUUUUCAUAGUACAUGCUGAUAUGAGCAAUUAUUCCAUGGAGUUUUAAAAAAUGUGAUUUGUAAGCCUCCAAUGAGCUGAUCCCUUAAUUACAUGACAUUCAGUACCUGUUAAACUAGUAUGGCGGUCCAGGUAUUGUCACUCUCCUUGGCACCUCAUGGGGAUGAAGAGCUGACUGCUAGGUCAGGAGAAAAACUGAAGGUAUUAUAACAUUUGUGGGGGGAGAGAAAGAGCACGCCAGGAGAAGAACUCUCUUCUCUCACCAGGGAAUUUUGUGAGGAAUGUCAUGAGACAAGGCCCAAGCAUAUCCAUGAUUGUUUCCCUAAAGACUUUUGGAAUGGAGCUUUCUCCUUUAUGACUUGUGCUGGCCGUGGAAAUAGAUUCUAGUCCUCAGAACCUUUUCUGUUGUAAGGCAUGAGAUGAUUCCUAGAAGGGAAUGGGUGGAGCAGGCCUAGGAUGAGGAGUUGGAGUUCACUGUUGACCAAACACCUGUGGGUAGGAGGAUGAUGCAGAAACAUGGGCCAAAAGCAUUGCUGAUCUUGGAAAAUUAACUCCCUCUGUACAUUACUACUAUAUGGAUACAGCUGGUAUGAAUUAUUGUGGGAUGUUACUGUAACUUGCUACCUACGCCUCUCAAUUUGUUUUCAUUUGUUGUAUUUCAUAUUUAGACUGUAAGCUCUUGAGUAGGGAGUGUUUGUGAAGCUUUUGGAUAUUCAAAAAAGUGAUGAAAAAUCAUCUUUAGAAGUGGACUAAUGUACAUAUGUAAAAACAUGCUGGAGGUACAUGUUUACACCAUCCUGCUUACCAACUAUGUAUCCAUUGCACCUUGCAUGUAAAAUAUUUUGAUUAAAGAUGUUUUCUGAUAA